AUGGUGCUCCGGGUGGCUGUUGCGGCUGCCAUGGCGAUGCUGGGGGCGCAAACGCAAACGGCGACUGCGUUGCCGCUGGAAGGGCCUACCACCAAAAUCGUGGACGGAGAGUCCUCCGACAAGGGCAACUUUCCCUUUAUCGUUGCGUUGAUGCCUCCCGGGGGCGGUUCCAAUUUCUGCGGCGGCACGCUCAUCAGAGAAGAUACCGUCCUGACCGCCGCUCAUUGUUGUAAAAGCUUGCGUCCGAGGUCCAUGAUCCGCGCCGGAUCGCUUAAUCGCAUGAGCGGCGGGAAAGUCUCGACGAUUCAGUCGAGCCGCGUGCACCGUGGUUUCAAUGGCAAGACGUCGCUUGACAAAGACCUUUGUCUCCUCACCAUAUCGCCAAGUAUCCGAGAAAGCAGCACAGUCAGGUACGGCAAGCUGCCGCAGCAGGGAACCGACCCCAAACCCGGGUCCUCGGUAACGGUAGCUGGUUGGGGCAGCUUGAAAGAGGGAGGGCCGUCGCCCGACUUGUUGAAGGAGGUCAGCCUUAAUGUCGUAGAGCGCGCUCAGUGUGCCAAGUUGAUCAGCAAGGCCGGCGGGCCGCCAAUCACAGACAACAUGGUCUGCGCAGGAGGAGGCGACGAGGAUUCCUGCAAUGGCGAUAGUGGCGGCCCGCUCAUUGAUUCCAAGUCGAGGGAGAUUGUCGGCGUCGUCUCGUUUGGCCUCGGCUGUGCGCACAAGGGACUGCCCGGCAUUUACGCAAGAGUCAAGGGCCAACUCAAUCCCGCCGACUUUGUUCAAAGUCAAGGUACUCAGGGGCCGGGUGGGAUCGAAACACCGCCGCCCGGCGGGCCGGGAACACUGUCAACGGAUAAGCCGGGGAUGCUUCCGGCUCAUCUGCCGUGGAUACCUGCGGCUCAUGUGCCGGGAGCGCCUCCGGUCUACGCACCGGGAUUGCCGCCACUUGGUGAGCCCGGAGCACCGCCAACUAACAGACCGGGAAAACCUCCAACUCAGCGGCCAGGGAUGCCGCCGUUUGGAAUGCCGCCGUUUGGUAAGCCUGGGCAACCGUCAACGGACAAGCCAGGGAGGCCUCCGGGCGAUGACUCAGGAAAGCCACCUACUUACCGGCCCGGAGCGCCAUCAUCAGGUUUGCCGCCGUUUGACGGGCCCGGAACGCCGUCAACAGACAAGCCAGGAAGGCCUCCAGGUGAUGACUCAGGAAAACCUCCAACUCACCUGCCAGGUUUGCCGCCGUUUGGUAAGCCUGGGCAGCCGUCAACAGACAAGCCUGGAAGGCCUCCGGGCGACGACUCAGGAAAGCCACCUACUUACCGGCCCGGAGAGCCAUCACCGGACAAGCCAGGAAGCCCUCCGAGUGGCGACUCGGGAAAACCACCUACUUAUCGGCCUGGAGCGCCAUCAACGGACAGGCCAGGAAGGCCUCCGAGUGAUGACUCAGGGAAACCACCCACUUACCGGCCCGGAACACCAUCGACGGAUAAGCCAGAAAGCUCUCCAGCUGAUGACUCGGGAAAACCUCCGACUUACCGGCCCGGAACGCGGUCAGCGGAUGAUCCGGGAAGGCAUCCGGCUGAGAGCUCAGGGAAAACCCCCCAGUUACCGACCCGGAACGUCUCCGUCUGGAGCGGGUGA